AGAAAGAGGCCCGUGGUGGUGCUGCUCCACGUCUGCGCCUCUGAGCCUGAGGUGGGGUGAACACUGUCUGAGGAGCUUUCUAGUCAGGAGACACAAGGGGGAAGAGACAGAGGGAGGGAGAGGAAAAAGGGAGGAGGUGACAUCUUCAGGGGUUUUCUUUGGAAGUUACCUCAGGCUUGAACGUGUGCUGGUGAUUUAGACGCAGAAAGGUUGAAGAAGCUCCUUCUGGUUACGUGGGAGGUACAUCCUGACUGCCGGCUUGUUCUGUGGUGGCUCUUGCUUUGAGCUUUCUAUAACCUCGUUUUUCUCAUUCUCAUCUGGAGCUUUGAAAGCUCCCAUCAGGAUCCGAUGAUUACAGGGCAGCUGAGCAAGCCGCUGCUCUCCCUGCGCAGCGACAUGAGCGCAGCAGAACUCCGGGCAGACGACAAAGCAGCAACCCCAGAAAGCGAUUUGAACGACGAACCCCUGCUCCUGCCCUCUGAGGCCACGGACAGAGAGGGCACUCCCAACAAGCUGUAUGGAGUUCGUGACGGAUCAGUUCAGUCUGACGCCAGCAGCAGCCCGUCUGAGCAGAGUCAGCUGGGACAGUCUCACCCUGGAUACCCAAUGGGCCCACAGUCUCUCCUGGUGGCCCAGCAAUUAGCCAACGCAGUGGGUGGCGUGAUGUCCGGGGCGACGCCAGGCAUGAACCAGCCCAUCCUUAUCCCUUUCAAUGCAGGCGGACACCUUGGUGGACAGCAGGGCCUGGUGCUCUCUCUGCCCACGGCCAACAUCCAGAGCCUGGUGGCUGCUGCCGCUGCAGGGGGAAUCAUGACGCUCCCUCUACAGAACCUGCAAGCCUCUCCACCUCCACCCUUCCCCCAGCCCCGUCAGGCACCUUGUCCGCAUCCGAAGAAGGCUUCUACCUCAACACUGAACUCCCAGCUCCAGCACCUGCAGCAGCUCCAGCAAAUGCAGCAGCACCACCAGCAGCAGCAACAGCAGCAGCAGCAUCAUCACCAACAGACUCACUCCCACACCCAGAACCAGCUACCACCCCAGCAUCACAUGACUCCACCCAGCCAGCAGCAUACCUCAGUACCAUCUCCAGGUUCCACCUGCUCCUCCACCUCUGGACACCCGCAGCCAUCCCCACCACCAAGGCAGAAUCAGUCACCAGCUCGCAGCCUUCCUUCCCCAGUUACUCCACCUAUGCCUCUGCCACUGAACCCUCUGGCUAGCCAGGCAGCAGUGGCAGCAGCAGCCGCCAUGGGGUCAAUUGCUGGAUCUCAGGUGUUCGGCAACACCCUCUCAAAUUUGCAAGGAGCCACCGGGCAGCUUGUUACGAAUGCACAAGGACAGAUAAUUGGAACAAUCCCACUGAUGCCCAACUCUGCAGGGCCCUCCAGCCAAUCAGGGGGUGGCAACCCAGCACUGCAGGUACAGCCAAUUACGCCUCAGCUUCUGACCAACGCUCAAGGCCAGAUCAUCGCCACGGUGAUCGGCAAUCAGAUCCUGCCUGUCAUCAACACCCAGGGAAUCACGCUGUCACCAAUCAAGCCCGGACAGCAGCUGCCUCAGGCUCAGCAGGGUCAGUCAGGCCCUGCAUCAUCUCAAGCCAACCUGCUCCACAUGCCCCACAGACAGAGUCCUCUACACCAGGCCUCCUCCUCCUCCUCUACCUCCUCAUCUUCCUCGGCUCUCAGCGUGGGCCAGCUGGUCAGCAACCCACAGACUGCCCCCAGUGAGGUGGACGGGGUCAACCUGGAGGAGAUCCGCGAGUUUGCCAAAGCAUUCAAGAUCCGCCGGCUGUCCCUGGGCUUGACGCAAACCCAGGUGGGCCAGGCGCUCAGCGCGGCGGAGGGCCCUGCAUACAGCCAGUCCGCCAUAUGCAGACACACCAUCCUGAGAAGCCACUUUUUCCUACCACAGGAAGCCCAAGAGAACACUAUAGGUAGCAGUCUGACAGGCAAACUGAACCCUGGCCUUUUAUAUCCUGCCAGGUUUGAGAAGUUGGACAUCACCCCUAAAAGCGCCCAGAAGAUUAAGCCUGUUCUGGAGCGUUGGAUGGCCGAGGCUGAAGCCCGCCACCGUUCCGGAAUGCAGAACCUGACUGAGUUUAUUGGGAGUGAGCCUUCGAAAAAACGCAAGAGGCGGACCUCUUUCACACCGCAGGCACUGGAGAUCCUCAACAGCCACUUUGAGAAGAACACGCACCCCUCCGGACAGGAAAUGACGGAGAUAGCUGAGAAACUGAAUUAUGACAGGGAGGUGGUCCGCGUGUGGUUCUGCAACAAGAGGCAAGCCCUGAAAAACACAAUAAAGCGCUUGAAACAGCCCGAGCUCGGCAUGGCCGCGCCUAUGGACCCUCUCACCGACUCUCUAGAGGACCUCCCCAAGUGAACGAGCGCAAAAGUGUCAGCCAUUACAAACGGAAGCAAAGAAAAAGAAAGCAGAUGAAGACUGGAAAACCGAGUCAGCGGGAUAGAGAAAAACUUUGUGUUGUCAUUGUGAUCACCACAGUUCUGUAAAUGACCUCUGCAAAAAACCAAAAAAAAAAAAAACACGAAAAAGAGAUUAAUAUGUGAGAAUUAUGUAAAAAGAAAAACAUAA